AUGCCACCUAAAAGUCGAAGUUUCCAAGUCUCAGCGACCCCCGUAACAAUGUUUGCCCAUUUGUUAGCUAUAGCAGUCACAACCCUUGUUCUUGUUCGGUUUUUACACUUCCGAGGAGGCCUCGCUUUCGAAUCCGCUAACAAAGGCAAGAUUUUGAAUAUGCAUGCUCUUCUAAUGGCAGUUGGAUUUAUAGUUUUUGCGGGAGAAGCUAUUAUGGCAUACAAGUCAGUUCCAGCAAAGAGGAAGGUGCAGAAAGCUUUUCAUGUAACAUUGCAUCUGAUAGCACUUGUGGCUGGAGUAGUGGGUGUUUAUACGGCUUUCAAGUAUAAGCAUGAGGUGGAGGAAAAAGACAUGACUAGUUUACAUUCCUGGCUUGGCAUGAUCACCAUCUGUUUAUUUGGUUUACAGUGGUUGUUGGGAUUCUUCUCAUUUGUGUUCCCGGGCGCAGAAAUGUCAGCAAGAGCCUCGUACAGGCCAUGGCACGUUUUUGGUGGUUUGGUCAUAUUUUUCCUUGCAAUAAGCGCAGCCCAGACGGGUUUGCUGCAAACUUCAAAUUUCUUAGGCCCAGGCCUCAGCCAAGAAGGACUUAUUGUCAACUUCACUGGACUUUUGCUUUUUUUAUUUGCAGUCGGUGUUGGGCUGAGCAGUGUCCUUCCUCGAGCAUAUUAUUAA